UGGGUCGUUUCACGGCGGACAGGUGGGCUGUAAGGGCUGGCACGGCAUCGUCGGCGGUUCUCGGUUCAGCCGGGAUGAGAAAAUGGGGGGGAAAUGGUAUAGCAUCCCAAAGACAUGUUCCUUGAGGUGGGGUGAGCUUUGAGAGGGAGGGCGAGCUAAAAUGUGUCUUUCUUGGUGUGUUUUCACAUGCAAUUGAGUUAAUGCAGCGCAAGGAGUUGUAAUUUGUUAGGCAGCUGGUGCUCUGCAGUACUCGGGGCUUCCUUCGGCUGUUCUGUAGGACAAGAAUUUUGCUACUGCCUUUAAAUGAUGAAGUUACCUUGUCGAGCAGCAGAAGUAGCAACCCAGGGGUUGCCCUUCCCUGCCUUCCCCUCCUUCCCCACACCUCCCAUCCUCCAUAUUGACUCGUUGCUUUUCUUUAAAAACCUCGUACUUGAUCGGGUUUCCUUCUCAAGGUGGUUUUCUCAUCUUCCUUUGAUGACCUGAAAUUUUCCCAGGCUCGUAGCUUGCAAUUUUGUUGGCGUUAAAUGAACCUUUUCUCAACGGCUUGCCUACAAAAAGCAGUGCCAGAACUGCGCUCCUGUGCUAACAUGCCCAUCUGAAGCAAGAAUGCAGUCCAGAUGCCCAAAAUAUUAGGGUCAGCGAUGCAUCUGGAUUCCCCUAGAGCUACUCGAGGCGACGCGGCGUAUUUCUGAAACACAGAGAUUUGUGAGGAAUGUGGCGCUGGUAUGUCACUUGAGCUUAGGAAAGCCACCUGUGUUUGAUUAAGGUGCAGUCCCGCUUCCAGGACUAGCUGGGUAUUCUUUCCAAAUAAUUUUCACAAGCCUUAAAUUCCUGUUUGGGGAUGAGAAUUUCCUAGAUUUAUAGCCAGAUAAAAACUGCGUUGCCUUAGUGUCACCUGGUGCGUGUGCUGCGCAGAGGACUUGGUGGCAGUGCAGAAAGUGUGUCCUGUGAUACCUGAGUAUGGAUCUCUUGGGUGUGGGGACUGCCACAUCCCAAGGUGUAGGAAAACCAUCGGUCUUGGGUAAUGGGAUUCUGUUUUAGGAGAGCAUGAGCUGUAUCACUGAUGCUGAAUUCUGGAUGUACGGUUUUGGAUGUUCUGUAACUGUCAUUUUUAGCCUGUGCCUGGUUUGAGCCCAGUUCUGCGCUCUUGGAAGUCACCAAGAGCUUUGCUGUUGAUUCUGCUGAAAAAAAAAGAGGUGUUAGGACAGUAAUGGUGCAGUGGUUUGUAAUCUUAGAGUGUUUAUUUCCAGUGAUACUCGCUUAUUUUUUUUCUCCUCUGUUUCAGCCGAACAAACUUGUUUACCUUGGAGCUACAAAUAGUGGUGAUUUGAGAUUUGAGCUCGUCCCCCACUGCUCCCGCGCAAGCAAGGACCAGAAAAAUGAAUAUCCAGGGGAAAGGCUUCCCCUUGGACCUCGGAGGAAGCUUCACUGAAGAUGCUCCAAGACCACCAGUUCCUGGCGAGGAGGGGGAACUCGUGUCCACGGAUCCAAGGCCAGUUAGCCAUGGUUUCUACUCCGGUAAAAGUGACGUGGUUAGAAAUGAGAUGUCCACAGCAACACCGAGGCGCUCCGAUUUGGAUUUGGGGUACGAGCCCGAGGGGAGUGCUUCGCCAACUCCACCCUACCUGAAGUGGGCCGAGUCGCUGCACUCCUUGCUGGAUGAUCAAGAUGGAAUCAACCUCUUCAGGACUUUCCUGAAACAGGAGGACUGUGCGGAUCUGCUGGACUUCUGGUUUGCCUGCAGCGGCUUCAGGAAGCUGGAGCCGUGUGUGUCUAACGAGGAAAAAAGACUCAAGCUGGCAAAAGCCAUUUACAAAAAAUACAUCCUCGACAACAAUGGCAUUGUGUCCCGGCAGAUCAAACCAGCCACAAAGAGCUUCAUCAAAGACUGUGUCGUGAAACUGCAGAUUGACCCCGACAUGUUUGACCAGGCCCAAACGGAGAUUCAGUGCAUGAUAGAAGACAAUACCUACCCUUUGUUCCUUAAGUCAGAUAUUUAUUUGGAAUACACAAGGACAGGUGGGGAAAGUCCAAAAAUUUAUAGCGAUCCGAGCUCAGGGUCUGGGACAGGUAAAGGACUACCUGGUUAUCUGCCGACUCUGAACGAGGACGAGGAGUGGAAGUGUGACCAAGAGGCCGAGCCCGAGGCCAGCCGGGACUCGGCUCCUUCCAGCAGGCUCACGCAGAAGCUGCUCCUGGAGACGGCCACGCAACGCGCGGCCUCGGCUCGGCGCUACAGCGAGGGCAGGGAGUUCAGGCACGGGUCGUGGAGAGAGCCUGUUAACCCUUACUAUGUCAACACGGGCUACGCUUUGGCCCCGGCGACCAGUGCCAACGACAGCGAGCAGCAGAGCAUGUCCAGCGACGCCGACACCAUGUCGCUGACAGACAGCAGCGUAGAUGGGAUCCCACCGUACAGACUCCGAAAGCAGCAUCGCAGAGAGAUGCAAGAAAGUGCCAAAGCAAAUGGACGCGUGCCACUACCUCACAUUCCUCGUACGUACCGAAUACCAAAGGAUAUCCACGUGGAACCAGAGAAGUUUGCUGCAGAACUGAUCAAUCGUCUGGAGGAAGUACAGAAGGAACGUGAAGCGGAGGAGAAAUUAGAGGAGCGCCUGAAACGCGUUCGAGCGGAGGAAGAGGGUGAGGAUGCAGAUAUCUCUUCUGGUCCCUCGGUCAUUAGCCACAAGAUGCCUUCCGCCCAAGCCUUCCAUCACUUUGCUCCUCGUUACGCUGAGAUGGGCUGUGCUGGGAUGCAGAUGAGAGACGCCCACGAGGAAAACCCCGAAAGCAUCCUGGAUGAACACGUACAGCGUGUGAUGAAAACACCAGGCUGCCAGUCCCCAGGACCCGGCCGUCACUCUCCUAAACCACGGUCCCCGGAAAGCGGCCACUUAGGAAAGGUGUCAGGGACACUGGGAACAAUUCCUCCAGGGCAUGGCAAGCACGCAACAAAAUCAGGAAUGAAACAGGAUGCAGCUAACUUGUACCACCAUAAACAUGUGUACCACCACAUCCAUCACCACAGCAUGAUGAAACCAAAAGAGCAGAUCGAGGCCGAGGCCACGCAGCGAGUGCAGAACAGCUUUGCUUGGAAUGUAGAUUCACAUAACUAUGCAACAAAGUCAAGAAACCACAGUGAAAACUUGGGCAUGGCCCCUGUCCCCAUGGACUCUUUAGGCUACAGUGGGAAAGCGAGUCUGCUCUCCAAAAGGAAUGUUAAGAAGACUGAUUCAGGGAAAAGUGAUGGUGCCAACUAUGAGAUGCCAGGAUCUCCUGAAGACGUGGAGAGAAACCAGAAGAUCCUUCAGUGGAUCAUAGAAGGAGAGAAGGAGAUCAGCAGGCAUAAGAAAACAAACCAUGGCUCUUCAGGUGCUAAGAAGCAGCUGUCCCAUGACAUGGUCCGGCCCCUCUCCAUCGAGCGACCCGUCGCGGUGCAUCCGUGGGUCAGUGCCCAGCUCCGGAACGUCGUCCAGCCUUCUCACCCCUUCAUCCAAGAUCCUACCAUGCCGCCCAACCCGGCCCCCAACCCUCUCACCCAGCUGGAAGAAGCUCGCAGGAGGUUGGAGGAAGAGGAAAAAAGGGCUGGAAAACUCCCCCUUAAACAAAGGUUGAAGCCCCAGAAGAGGCCGGGCAGUGGCGCGUCCCAGCCGUGCGAGAACAUCGUGGUCGCUUAUUACUUCUGUGGAGAGCCCAUCCCCUACCGCACCCUGGUCAAGGGGCGCGUGGUCACCCUGGGACAGUUCAAGGAGCUGCUGACCAAGAAAGGGAACUACAGGUAUUACUUUAAGAAGGUGAGUGACGAGUUCGACUGUGGUGUGGUCUUCGAGGAGGUGCGGGAGGACGACACCAUCCUGCCCAUCUUCGAGGAGAAGAUCAUUGGGAAGGUGGAGAAGAUUGACUAAGGCUCCAGGGCAGCCGAGGCGUGAGGACAGGACUGUGAAGGACUCUGGGACCGGAGGAGAAGGCCUGGGGCAGACACUGGUGGUGCUGCUGCCACGGGCACUGGGCGAGCCCAGGGCGGAGAGCGGCAGCCCCGCUCUCCAGCACAGACCUGGGCAAGCUCCGGGAUGCCAGUGGGUGCUGUUUCACCCCAUGAACCUGCCAGUGGGAGCCUGGGCUCCCUCUCCAUACCGAAUAUAAGUGUAAUGUAGCAUUGUACAGUGCAUUAGAAAGUGUAAUAUGACCUUGUUUACUAAAGCUGCAUAUUUUUGAUAUAUUGUAAUAAAAGGAAAAUAUUUCCAAUGUCACAGUGCUCUUAUGUAAAUGUAAAACAUACAGGUACUGCAGAACUCGCCCAAAGUGUACAGCCACCCGUCAGGCUCCGGCUGCUCCGUGCUUUCCCGGCACCCUGCCCCGUUCUCCCGGCGUGGAUGGCUCUGGAGCACCGUGGGGCAGAGCAGCUGUCACCCCACGUGGAAGGGUCCCAAGGGGCUGUGAAGAUUUUUGAGCCAUUUGGAAGGAGUCAGUCUCUGGCCUCCUUGGCAGGCUCAGCUGCUGGAUAUGGUAGGAUGGGUCUUUUUUUUUUCCUCCUGAGCUUCCUUGCGACCGAGUAAAUCCCCGAGGGAUAAAAGGGUCAGUGCUCCCUGCAGAGCAAGGACCAGCUGGGAGCUGGGGUGGCAGGCUGGGUGCUGGCAUCCCAUGGCCUGCAUGCUCAUGUGUGUAUCCCCUGUGUGCCCCUGGAGAAGGUGCUGGCACCCAUGUGCCUGGUGCAGACGCGCCCAGACCCCUGGGCCAAGCUCUGGCAUUGGGCAGGGAACUCUUUAGGAGAACCGUAAUAGGGAGGGAACUGUGAGACACUAAAGCUGAGGACAAAAUACGUUUUUUUAUGAGUCCUGCAUCUUUUGUCAGAUUCUGUGUCUCAGGGGAGGCAGCAGGAGGGCACUGCACCAGGGGGAUUAUUGAUGCCAGUUUGUGAGGCUCACAUAGGGGGCCAGAUCACCCAGUUGGCAGCCAGAACCUGGGAAGCCUCCUGGGCUUACUCAGUUGCAAGGAAGCCUGGGCUGUGCCGGUGCUCCCACCACUCUGCCUGUCCCCAGCCCGGGCCCUGCUGCUCCGGCGUGGCCGUGACUGUGCCAGCUCCUUCGGAGACCAGCCCUUGCCCACCCACAGAAACGGGGGUGGCCCCAAAGCCAGGGGGGUUCCACAUCAGUGCUCUCAGCCACAGCAGUGUUGGGGCUGCCGGGCACCCCGUGGCACCGCGCCGGGACACGACUCAGCCUGUUGUUUAUGUCACCGAGUGCCUUUAUAACACGGUCCUGGGACUUGCCUAAAAUGCUACGUGAGGUCCAUCAAAAUCUGCAGAUGUUUUCAGCCCGGGAACAGCGUUUCAAGGGGGUUUGCUCCCUGUUUUUUGAAGUUCUGAUGGUGGUGUGUCUGGUGAGGUUGUUAACGUGCCCGGGAUUUCCGUCUCCCCCUUUUUUCUCGGGGGUCCCUGUAAAUAUGUACAGCGGCCGCGCAGCCCCGGCGACGUUUCCUCUGCAUUCUCAUGUGCUGACUUGUACAAUGAUCUUUUCAAAGGUACUUGGAUAAAAUGAAAUAAAACCCCA